AUGGCUCGGGAACAUGGACCACAACGAAACCUGAAGAAGAACUGCUCACAUUUUAACGGGAAGUAUUACGCUGGCGGUGUGUGCCGAUUUAUGCUGAAAAUGUGCGAGAAUAAUGAGUGGAGGAGGAGAACCGAUCGUGAGCAUACAUCUCAUUCAGAUCUCAUUCGUCAUAGAUCAUUAAACUCUAUAUCCGGAUAUGUCAUGCUUCAUCAAGCCAUCGGAAAACCGAGAUGGGCCAUAAUGUCUGACAAUCUACCUCAAACGAAAAUGUUGGUUGAGCCCCUUUGCAGAGUUGGAAGACCGAAGCUACGGCCGAAGAUUGCGUUGCCCAUGAAACCCAUGAAGAAAAUAUUUGAAGGUAUAAAACUGGAGGACAGCAGCAUAGAUGGCGACGCAUCUCAGUUACUGUUGGGGGAAUCUUUAUGGGUUAUAAAGCUAUCGAAGAAGAACAGAAAAAAGUCCUUUACUCCAAAAACCUGA